AUGACGCCGACUCCCACUCCCCAGGGCCCCAUCAUGGAAUCCUCAACCGCCGACAAAAAGCGCAACAAGCUGGGCUAUCAUCGUACCUCUGUCGCAUGCGUACACUGUCGCCGACGAAAGAUCCGCUGUCUGGUCGCCGCCGACGACGCGCAGGGCCGCUGUGAGAACUGUAUCCGUCUGCGCAAAGAAUGCCAGUUCUUCCCCGUCGACCAGCAACCCCCCAUCGAGAAGAAAUCCCGCCCCAAUUCGCGCCUCGAGACCGCAUCUACCGACCCCUCGACGGCCUCCUCGUCGCCUCCAGCCGGAUCGGGCACCGAUCAACCCGACGCCUUCUUCCCCUACCAGCCCAUCCCCCUCAGCGCCGCCCCGGACGUCACCACCACCUUCAACCCGGCCGCCGGGGCCGCCUACCCAGGCCCUCCCAUCGCCCCCUACGCCCCAAACCCGCCCUCGCUCGACCCCUCCGUCCCCUGGGACGAGUUCACCACCAUCUCCGACCCCCAAAUGCUGGCCGCCAUGUCCGCCGCCGCAAAGCCCGGCAUGGUCAACGUCAACAUGCCGCCCUCCGCCGUCUGGAACCCCAACCCUAACCCCAUGGCGCCCAUGCCCGCUGCCUCCCCCCUUCAGGGCACGCCCACGAUCCCCUCGCAGCCGCAGAGCCUCAGCCCGGCCCCGACAUACGCCAUGCAGCCGGACGGGUCUGUCUGGCAGGUACCGCCGCCGCCGGCCCGCUCCAUGACGUUUCCCGCGCAGCCCGACAUGGGCCAGGCAUUUCCCACCAGCCAGUUCCAGCACCCACCGCCGCAUCAGCAGCCGCCACCGCCGGCAGACCUCAAGCGCCGAAUGACCAGCCCGCCGCAGUCGUUCCCCGCAAACCCGCAGAGCCCUCCGCCGGCGGACAUGCCCACGGGCCCGACCUCGGUGUCGUACCCGGGCCAGCCCACGCCCAUGGGCUAUCCCACCUGGCAGGACAUGAACAGCAUGUCGCCGAUGGGCGUUGUGCAGUACCCGAUGUACACGGGGGACGCGACGCAACAGGCGGCGUUCGGGGCGCCGAUGGGCCAUCCGGGGCCGGGACAAGCGCCGCCGUGA